AUGAAUAACUUGCUGUUUGAAGAGAGUGUGUCUGAAUUUGAAAAGACUGCAGCUGAGAAGACAGAUAUUAAUGACAUCAUUGAGAUCAGUGAUACAGAGAAGAAGAAUGAUUCAACUAUAGUUUCAAUGAAGAGAACAUCUACAUCUUUUAAGCAUAAGACAUUGAGUCUGAUUGCACUGAAACUCUCAAAACACAUUCAAAUCAGUGAGCAGAGUAUCUCAAUAUCUGUGAAGAUAAGUGAUGAGUCAUCUAAUCUUAACAAGUAUAAUCUGAACACUGUUCAGGCUGUGCAAAAGGAACUGAACAAGAUAGCUGAGUUCAUCAAUGUGGUUUCAGCUGCAGAGAAUAUCAUGACUAAUAAUUAUUUCUUUAAGUUACUCAGUGAGAUGUGUUUCAGUGAUCUUGUGAAUAAGAGAUUAUCAGUGAAUAUUGCAUUUUGA